AUGCAAUUACGAGCAGCUACGUGGUCAGGAGACGACUCAGAGCUGAACUUGGCGCCAGGUCAGGUAGCCUUGAGUUCUGCUAACUACCGCGUUCAGAGAUUAGGCGGAUCCUCCCUGGCUGCCGGCUGCAGCCGAGGCCGAGGGCGGGGCGGGGGGGGGGCCUCCCGCGAGCGGCGCUACAGCGGCGCCAGCGAGAAGCGGCGGCUGGCCGCCGUGCUGAACCUCUCCCAGAGCCAGGUGAGCGCGGCCGCGGCGCCCCGGGCCCGCCUCUGCCCUCCGCCUCAGGGGGGAGACGGGCCCCGCGCGGCCUCGGCCCUCGCACCCCUCCUAAAAGCUGCGGGAGAGGAGGGGCGUCCUCCGCCCGUGUUUGCCUCGGCGGGCACCUCAGCAUCACCGCGGGGACGGGGACGGGGACAGCGACAGGUCCCACAGGCGCGGCGGGUCAGGCUGCCUGUCGGCCUUACCCCUCUGGCAGAGAGCAGGCCUAAGCACGCUUACAGCCCCGCUUCAGCCGGCACAGCCCUGUCUUGUGUUAAACCGGAGGCAAUACGGGAAUGGAAAACGGUGAACGCAAACUUAAAAGGUGAAACCUCACCGGAGAUAAAAACCUGGUUUCAGAAUCGUCGUAUGAAGUUUAAACGUCAGACUCAUGAUGCCAGGGUGGAAGCUCUUUUCUCAGGCUUAUUUUUGCCCUAUCAUUGUUACCCAGACAUUGCUACCUCCAGCUAUUCUCACGGGAUGGACAUCAAUGUCUCUUCUACCUCUGCUGUUUCCCUUCACCCAGCUAUGCCAAGCCCUGCCUUGUUGUUACCUUCUGUUCCAGCUCAGUCCCUUCAGCCAGUGUUGCCAAGUCCAGCUUUACUGUUGCCUCCCAGCCCAGGAUUAUCUUGUUACUCUUCUGUAAUUCCAGCAAUGACUCUAACCGAUGACCAUAAAAGACUGAUGUUCCAGCCAUAUCUUCCUUCCUGUUAA